AUGCGGUUGCAGGUUCGCACAGCUGAAGUAAAUUUGAAGCUGAGGGCGGCUGCAGCGCGUUCCGACCAUCAAGCUUGCCGAAACGACACAGGGAUGGACUGCUGCCCUGGGCAAUCUGGCCAUGUUGCUUCUCCGCACCUUCUCAUUUCCCAAGGGAAACAGGAGGCAACAGCAUGCACUGACUAUCCUGGGGCAUCGGCAAAAGAGCCCACAUUAAAGUUUGAUGUGCACCUGUCAGCAGCCAACCAGAUGCACUGCUCGGCGGACAUGUCUCCAAGUCCUGAGGGAGAUCUGGCAUAUUCAGAUGGACUCUCUGACUCUGAAUCGCAGACAAGAUCUGGACAAUGCAGACCACUGACCUCAGAUACACCUGAAGGUCAGAUUCCUGAGCAGGAUUUGGGGCAUGCUGGCCAUGUAUUGCCCAAGGCUGGCAAUACCCCAAGUAGUGCUGCAGUCCUUGGCACUGUCGACAUAGAUGGCAAAUCGGCUGGGCAAACAUUGCCUGGGGCUGCCCCAAACACAGGCAGUAUCACAGAUUUUGAUGCUGAAGACUUUGCUGGCAAACACGAAAGCCAAAGAUCAUCGAGGGUUUCAAGGAGCGAGGGGGAUGCCACUGUUUGUGCAACUAUGGACACUAAUGUGCAAGAUCUUGGCAUGACAUUUAUGGAGGCUGCUGUGCAGGUCGGCGGUGACCAGGAUGCGGACUGUGCUGAUUGUGGAAACGUGGUUGACAGAACUGUGCAUUUGCAUGCUGGGUUUGCCUGCCCUGAAGGCCAGGCUCAUGCUGAAAAAAACUCAACGCUCAGCCUUGCAAGAACCCAAGAGGGUGAAAUCUCCGUGCCCGCUGCUGAAGCACAGCCAGAUUGUAAACCGUUGCAAAAAAUACAGCAGUGUAUAUCGUCAGAGGAUCAUCAAAUUUUGGAGGGCCAUCAUUCAGAGGCAGGUUCAACAGAUGGUGGAGAGCAAACUAACAAUGGGCCAGAAGAUAAGAGUGCACAAAUGCCAGACAAUGAGUAUCAGCACAUGUCAACCAGUGCACGAGGCGUGCACGAGUCCAUGGCCACAAAAUCUUUGUGUAUUGCUGAAUGGGAAGCUGUGAUGAAUGGUCAAGACAAUGAGCCUGACAUGACCGUUAGGGCCUUCGCCUUUGGGGGUGGGGCUGCAGUGUUUCCCGGGGGCCGACGAUCGGAUUGCGGAUACGACGAAUCUCUGACAGACCUCGUAAGCCAGGCAGAAGAACUGCUGGGUCAGACAGAGCAUGUGCCUAGCUGUGUUCGCGCCAUGAGCUUUCCAACCCGACUGCCAUCCCCGCUGCCAUACGCGGACAGCUACUGUUUUGCAUCGACAUCGGCGACGGGCGCAGGAGACGAUUACGACCUCUUGCAAGCUGUUCUACAGCUAGAAGUCUGA